AUGACUCUGUUUCUCACAGUUCCUCUUUCACUACUCACCCUUUUCAUCUUCUACACACUCUUCCAACGCCUCAGAUUCAAGCUUCCACCCGGUCCACGUCCCUGGCCGGUCGUCGGAAACCUUUACGACAUAAAACCGGUCCGGUUCCGGUGUUUCGCGGAAUGGGCCCAAUUCUACGGGCCGAUAAUAUCGGUUUGGUUCGGUUCGACUCUUAAUGUGGUUGUUUCGAAUACGGAAUUGGCAAAAGAGGUUUUGAAAGAGAAUGAUCAGCAGUUGGCGGACCGGCACAGAAGUCGGUCCGCGGCAAAGUUUAGUAGAGAUGGGAAGGAUUUGAUUUGGGCGGAUUAUGGACCUCAUUAUGUGAAGGUGAGGAAGGUUUGUACUUUGGAGCUUUUUUCACCAAAGAGAAUUGAAGCUUUGAGGCCUAUUAGAGAAGAUGAAGUUACUGCUAUGGUUGAAUCUAUUUUCAAUGAUUCUACCAAUCCUGAAAAUUUGGGGAAAGCUAUAUUGAUGAGGAAGUAUAUAGGGGCAGUUGCAUUCAACAACAUCACAAGGCUGGCAUUUGGGAAAAGAUUUGUGAACGCAGAAGGUGUAAUGGAUGAGCAAGGAGUAGAAUUCAAGGCUAUAGUGGCAAAUGGGUUAAAGCUAGGAGCAUCUCUAGCUAUGGCAGAGCACAUCCCUUGGUUGCGCUGGAUGUUCCCACUAGAAGAGGAAGCUUUUGCCAAGCACGGUGCUCGCCGAGACCGACUUACUCGAGCCAUCAUGGAUGAGCAUACACAGGCACGCCAGAAAUCCGGCGGUGCUAAGCAACAUUUUGUAGAUGCUCUUCUCACUUUGCAAGAUAAAUAUGAUCUUAGUGAAGACACCAUCAUUGGUCUCCUUUGGGACAUGAUAACAGCUGGGAUGGACACAACUGCAAUAUCAGUUGAAUGGGCCAUGGCUGAGUUGAUAAAGAAUCCAAGAGUGCAACAGAAGGCACAAGAGGAGCUAGACAAGGUCAUUGGUUUUGAAAGGGUCAUGACAGAAACUGACUUCUCAAGCCUCCCUUAUCUACAAAGUGUAGCCAAGGAAGCUCUAAGGCUGCACCCUCCAACACCAUUAAUGCUCCCACAUCGCGCUAAUGCAAAUGUUAAAAUUGGUGGCUAUGAUAUUCCCAAGGGGUCCAAUGUCCAUGUCAAUGUAUGGGCGGUAGCUCGUGACCCGGCUGUAUGGAAAAACCCAUUGGAGUUUAGGCCCGAGAGGUUUCUUGAAGAGGAUGUUGACAUGAAGGGCCAUGAUUUUAGGCUACUUCCAUUUGGAGCAGGCCGUCGGGUAUGCCCGGGUGCACAACUUGGAAUCAAUAUGGUGACAUCCAUGUUGGGUCAUCUAUUGCAUCAUUUCUGUUGGGCACCACCUGAGGGAGUGAACCCUGAGGAGAUUGAUAUGGCAGAGAACCCUGGAAUGGUGACAUAUAUGAGGACUCCAUUACAGGUUGUGGCUUCUCCUAGGCUUCCCUCAGACUUAUACAAACAUGUGCCAGCUGAUAUCUAA